GCUGGAUACUAUAUAGAACACUGGGAAUGGCAAAGGCAAGAACAUGGCCUGUCUCAAAGGAGUUCAUAUUCUAAUGGGGGAGACAACUAAUGACCUAACUGAUAAAUAAUUAAUGGCAUAAAGACAGAUCCAGUGUGAAUAGAAGGUAAUCUUGGAGGGAAGCAGGGAGGGGAUAUGGAAGGAGGACAAGGCGUGGGUGACAGCUAAAGGAAAUACCAAGUAAGGAAUUGUACUGGCACACCUAUGGAGCAACAAGGAGAUAGUGUAGCUGAGUGUGGAGGAUAGAAAAAUAUAAGAAAACUAGAAAAGUAGGCAUGAGGUAGGUUUUUAAAUAUGUAAAAAGAGUUUGGAGAGAUAAAGAAAAAGAGAAAUGAUGCUUAAGGUGCUUAAAAUUCUACCAGCUUUAUCAAGUACCGAUGUAUACUGGUACCAAACAGAAUCGAGGUGAUUUGUGGAGAAAAGCAGCUGGGAAGAAGGGAAGAUCAGAAAAGCUUCCCAUUUGAGCCAAGCCAAUAAAUGACCUUUGAGGUCACUUCUGGUUUUAUAUUGAUGAUGCUUCAUGCUCUCUCUUUCCAAAAUGAACUAAGUGUCUUUAUCUCCCCCCUUUUUUUUUCUGCAGGCGUCUGUUUAAGAAGGAGAAGAGGGAAGAAGACACUCAUACAUUCAUGGAAGCCUACUGAGGCAUCAGCUAAAGCAAGGAGGCAUUCUUUUGACUUGGGCUGGACCCUUUGCCACCUUUGUUGGGACUCCAACCAGAUAACGUCCAUCCCCAACGAGAUUUUUAAGGACUUGCAUCAGCUCCGAGUUCUCAAUUUGUCCAAAAAUGGCAUCGAGUUUAUAGAUGAGCAUGCCUUCAAGGGGGUGGCCGAGACACUCCAGACGCUGGACUUAUCCGACAACCGCAUUCAGAGUGUUCACAAAAAUGCUUUCAACAACCUGAAGGCCAGGGCCAGGAUCGCCAACAAUCCCUGGCACUGUGACUGUACUUUGCAGCAGGUCCUGAAAAGCAUGGCAUCUAACCACGAGACAGCGAACAACGUCAUCUGUAAGACUUCCGUGCUGGACGAACAUGCCGGAAGGCCUUUCCUUAAUGCUGCCAAUGACGCUGACCUCUGUAACCUUCCCAAAAAGACCACAGACUAUGCCAUGCUGGUCACCAUGUUUGGCUGGUUCACCAUGGUGAUCUCUUACGUGGUAUAUUAUGUACGGCAGAAUCAGGAGGAUGCCAGGAGGCACCUAGAAUACUUGAAAUCCCUGCCAAGCAGGCAAAAGAAAGCAGACGAAGCUGACGACAUUAGCACUGUGGUAUAGUAUUGGGAAUGGCGACCUUUGAGAUGAAAGUCAGUUUUGGGUUACGUUAGACCGAAUGGUUUACUUCCAACGUCCAUUGUAUACAUUUAAGACUUUACAUUUCAGUUUAAUUGAAUUGCGCCACUGUUGGACUUAAACAAAACCCUAACAUUAAAAUGAUUUUAGUUUGGGUGACCUACACCAUAAUUUUUCCUCUGGUGGUAUAUUCCUAAGUAAGCUACUAUGUAAACAUUAGUUAGAUUCAUUUCACUAUUUAAUAAUGAAAUUUAUUUUUUUAAUUUAAAACCAAAUAAAAGCCUAACUUUGAACCAUGUAAAACAGAGUAAUUUAUUGGACAGAGAUUGAUGCUAUGGAUUCACCUGCCUUUUCUAUACUCAGAGUUGACUUUUAUGGGCCAAAAGCUCUCUCAUAAUGAAAGAUGCAUUAAUACAACUUUCUGUAAAUUGGGGAGCUGUACCUGAAGCAUCUACUGAAUAAAGAUUCUCUCUCAGUCUUUUUAAAAAAAAGAAAUAAAUUUUUGUUGAUAACUUUUG